AUCGUACUGUGCGCCGCCAGAACAGGCGCAAAGACCUGCUGCACUCCGUUGGCGGCCAUGGCUGGGAUUCCGAACGGCGGUGGAGGCGGGACGGCGCUCAGAGGGGGGCGAUGGUGGGGUCGAGGUUACCGGGUGUUCAUGAACUAUGCACUGGCGGAGCGGUGAUAUUCGAGGAAGCGGGGGGUGAAGGAAGAGCGACGAUGGCAGGCGCAGGCGCAGGCGUGCAGCGUUUGUUUGGGGAGGACGAAGUUGUGUCGGUUGCUAGACAAAGUCACGGUCAAACGGUCCCGCGCCUGCCAAGCUCGCUUCUGACCGCCUUACGAUUUUGUUGGAGCGCUGGAGCGCUCCAGCGCUUCACCCUCCACCUUUCGGCCUCGUCCCCAUCGACCCCACUGUCGCGAACACAUACCACAGAAGCCGCGAGACUCCCAGGCCUUUACACGCAAAUCUGCGAUAAUGACUGGACGCGGAGGCCGCGGCGGGCAGAAAGUGCUUCUUCCCCCGAUCAACUUCAUCUUCAAGCUUCUCCAACAGCGCGCUCUGGUGUCGAUAUGGCUCUACGAGAACUUGAAUAUGCGAAUCGAGGGCAAGCUUAGGGGCUUUGACGAAUUCAUGAACCUAGUCAUCGAUGACGCGAUUGAAGUCACGUUAGCAAAGAAGGAGACUCCAGAAGAACGAAGGAAUAUCGGCCAAAUCCUCCUCAAAGGCGACAAUAUCUCCCUGAUUCAGCAGAUCCAAGGGUAGUAUCAAUCGAAAACACGCCCAGAACAGGCUGAAGAGCUGGGAGAUUGACAUUGGCAUUUGGGAGGCGUGCGAGGUAGUUAAGCUGGGGUAAAAUAUGCCACGCCGUUCAUGUUUUGGCUCGACGGAGCUCGCCAUCGCCCGUAAUGAGCGCGUCCAGACGGAAAUCAGAGGCGUCCAUCGGCACCGCUUCGUUCGACGGCAGCAACUGCUCCGUCAAUGAGAGACCAACUUUUUGUGGUUAGUUAGCAUGCCCAUCCAAAAAGAAUACCAGUAGUUCUUAC